AUGAUGUUCAAGUCUCUUGCCGCCUUGUCGGCUCUCUCACUCUUUGCAUCAUCUGCUGCUGCUGUUGAUCCUAGCCUGAAGAAUAAUGUUGCUAUCUACUACGGACAAGGUUAUGACCAACCCCGUCUCAAGCAUUUCUGUGAACAGACCACGUCGGACAUCAUCAACAUUGGGUUUAUCGAUCAGUUCCCCAAAAAGGUGGGCGAUUACCCUGGUUCCAACUUUGCCAAUCAGUGUGAUGGUGUAGUUUUCCCCGGUACAGGACUGCUUAGUGGCUGCCACCAGAUCUGGGAGGAUAUCCCUAGCUGCAAGGCUGCUGGCAAGACAGUCCUGCUGUCCAUCGGUGGUGGUGCUGCCACAGCCCAGUCUCUCCCAGACGUGGCUACCGCAGAAUGGUUUGCGGAUUUCCUGUGGUACUCCUUUGGUCCUUACAAUCCAUCGGUUUCUUCAUUGGCUUGGACCGCGACGAUGAAGAACAAGCAAUACCCUCGCCCAUUCCUCACCGCCGCAGUUGAUGGAUUCGAUUUUGAUAUCGAGUACAACGGCGAUGUUGGAUACGCUGCCAUGAUCAAUCGUCUGCGCCAGCAUUUCACCACCAACACCAAUCAGAAAUACUACAUCUCUGGUGCUCCCCAGUGCCCCAUUCCCGACAAACAGCUUGGUGACGCUAUUUCUAAGUCGUGGUUUGAUUUCAUUUGGGUUCAGUGGUACAACACCCAGUCUUGCUCUGCUGCCGCCGCGGUCGACGGGACUGGCAAGUUCAACUUCAAUGAAUGGGUCACGGUCAUCGAGAAGAGCGCCAACCCUAAUGCUAAGCUCUUCAUCGGUCUUCCCGCAUCGGCAACUGCCGCUAACCCUGGCUUCUACCUGACUCCCGCCGAGGUGAAGCCCCUUAUUCAGACCUAUGUGGAGAACAAGCACUUCGGAGGUGUUAUGCUCUGGGAGGCCACCGCCGGUGACGCAAAACUCAACGACGGAUUAACAUACACUGAGCACAUUAAGGAGAUCCUGUACGAUUGCGCUCCUCCCAAGCCGACCACCACCACCACUUCCUCAACCACAACCACAACCACAACCACUGUCAAGCCGACCACUACUACCACUUCCUCAACCACAACCACAACCACUGUCAAGCCGACCACUACUACCACUUCCUCAACCACAACCACAACCACUGUCAAGCCGACCACCACUUCCAGCUCGACCACCACUUCCAGCUCGACCACCACUUCCAGCUCGACCACCACUUCCAGCUCGACCACCACUUCCACCCCGGUCAGCUCGACCACCACUUCCAGCUCGACUACCUCGUCCACCCCGGUCAGCUCGACCACCACUUCCAGCUCGACCACUUCGUCCAGCUCGUCGGCCUCUAGCGGUUCUGUGACCCCCUCAUCCGGACAUCCCAUUCCCCACCCCACCCCCAGCCACAGCUCGCACGGUGGCCAUGGCCAUGGACACCACACCCACACCCACCACCACUCCCACAGUGUCUCACGCUCCACUCCCCUGGUCUCGGGCUCUUCCAGCACCCCCGUCCCUUCUGCCACCGAGUCUGGCACCUCGUCCACUAACGAAGGUGCCAUCCCGACCGGUGUCCCAGGCGACAAUACAACUACUGGAGGUUCCAAGCCUACUGGCGGCGAGACCACUACCGGAGGCGCUAAGCCCACUGGCGAUGAGACUACUGGAGGUUCCAAGCCUACUGGCGGCGAGACCACUACCGGAGGCGCUAAGCCCACUGGUGAUGAGACUACUGGAGGUUCCAAGCCUACUGGCGGCGAGACCACUACCGGAGGCGCUAAGCCCACUGGCGAUGAGACUACUGGAGGUUCCAAGCCUACUGGCACUGACUCCACCAGCGCCCCCGCUGGUAUCACUGCCACUCCAUCCGUGCCUGCCUCGCCUUCCUCUUUGGCUCCGGGUACCACCACAACUAUCAUUGUGACCUCCUACAUUGAUAUUUGCCCCACCGGUUUCACCACUAUCACCACCACUAUCACCAAGACCUACUGCCCUGGUGACGCCACUGCUACUGCUAUCCCCACUGGAACCGCCGAUAUCACCGGCACCGCUGAGAUAACCGCCCCAACUUCCGGCCCUGUUACUUCCACUGCCUCCAUUCCCGAGGGCUGGACUACUACUGUGACUGUCUGCACCGUGUGCGCCGCUACCCCGACUACCGUGACCCUCACUAAGCCCGCUCCCACUACCACCGAGGUUGUGUCGCAGCCCACCGCCCCUUCGGUGCCUGAGGGCUUCACCACCACUGUGACUUACUGCAAGCACUGUGGUCCUACCGGUAGCAGCAUCACACUCGUUAUCCCAGUUCCCUCUGCUACUGCCAUUGUCCCUGCUGCCAGCUCCGCUGUGCCUUCCUCUUCCUUCAAGGCCAUCCCUAGCGGAGGAUUCCACGCCGGUAGACCCUCGUCAAGCCUAGUCUUCCACCCUGUGCCCACCGCCGCCACCACCGCUGCGGACACACCCGCAGCGCCCACUGGCAACCCAGAAGGCGUGUCUCCGGUUUACACCGGUGCCGCCUCGCGGGCCAACCUGGCUGGCCUCGGUGGCGUCCUCGCCGUCGCUCUUUCCAUGUUCAUGAUGCUGUAA